AUGCGACGCGCCAAUAAGACCCUCAAGGCAAGCAUUAAGCUCAUCGGACUCCGUUUACCGAAGGCAAGUGAGGUGAAGCGGAUAACCGUCGAGGGGUUUCCGCCGAGCCGGCUUCACAACGCCGUGAUCGUCACCGCUCCCGAGGAGCAAGCGGCCGCAAAGGCGAGAGGGUCGCAGGCGGGCGAGGUGGCGGCGGCUGCGGCGGCGGGUCAGGGCGGACCGGGAUGCUGCAGGACGGCGUCGGCAUGGGACGAGGAAAAGUCGGACAGAGGAAGGGGCCCUGCAGACACAGCCCCUGGUGCCCCGGAGGCAUGCAGCCGCUGCGCCUGCGCGUGUCGGGCGGACGAAGUGUGGGCGGCGUACAGGACACUACGGAAGCGGUACCAUGCACUAAAGAGCCAAGCCGACAAGGAGGAACUCCGCGUUAGCGCCGAGGAGCAGUGCAGAGAGAUGCAGUCCGAGCUCGGCCGACAGAGAGUCAAGAUGGAGGCAGAGUUCGACGAAAAGAAGAGCAAGAUGAAUAAGGACCUCGUCAACAUUGUCAGCGAGAUUCACACCGAGUUGUACGGGAACAGGGGCAACGUGGGACCGGCGGCGGCGGGGCGGGGCCAUAAGGAGGCGGAGGCAGGGACGGAGGGGCUCGGGAUAACGCAGGUGGAUCUGCAGUCUCUGCGGGAUGUCGUCCAAGCGUCAUUCAAAGAGUCACAAGCUGUCAAGAAAGAGUCGGCCGCGCUUCGUGAGAAGGUGGCCAUCGGGGAGGAGUGCUUGCAUGACGCUCUGCAGGAGUCGCUGAGUCUGAGAGAGGAAAUUGCGAGGAGGAAGCAGCACGGCGAGGUUCUGCUCGCCAGGAUCCGCUUUCUGCAGGGGCAGACAUCGGCGCACGUCAAGAACUCGGCAAAGAGGCGGGAAGGGGACCCUCGAUCCCCUGCAGUUUUCACCUACGACAGCGACUCCCACUCCGAGCCCAUCUCUCGCCCGAGAAACAUGGGUUCCCGUCGUCGACACGCCUCCGAUACCCACCGCCGCCGCCAACAAGAACCUCCUCCCGACACGGACACCGACAUAGACACCGACAGCGACGAAUCCGAUGGCUCUACCGUGCACCACUACAUGCGGCCAGCGCCGUUUACCCGCCGCUUUUCCAGGAACAGUUACGAUGAGGAGGAGUACCAGUGCCCCCCGUCGCUCGAGAGAGCGCCCGCCCGCCCCGGCGGGCCCCCCGGGAGGCACCCCCCGUCGCAGGGGGUACGUCCCGGCGGUGCCCUCGCGAGGUCGACGCACCUGGAGAGGGAGCACGAGGACCUCACCCACGAGGUCUACGAGCUGAGCGCACGGCUGGCUUCCUCCAGGACGACGACGACCACCUCUUCUAGCACCGCUGCCGUCGCCCCCGCCGCCGCCGCCGGCCUGGACCCAAUCGACUUCGAGAGGCGGCACAUGGACGGAGGAGCGUCCGUCGGCGCCUCGGCGGCAGCCUCGGAUGGUUCUGCUGGCCAUUGGCCCAGGAGGAGGAGCCAGCCGGAGGAAUCGGUGACGGUCAGGGCGGUCGACAGGGUAGCAAAGACCACGGCGACUUGGCGGGCAUCCGGUGGCGGCGCUCACGUUAGCGGCAGCAGUAGCGAGCAUCCCGACGGAUAUUGGGGCCCCGUACCCCGGAACAGGGCCCAGACGCAUGCACGGCGCCCCCUCAUCGCUUCUGGUAGUGGGGCCCGUUCGUCUAGCGUCUCGGGGGCUUCCGCGUACGACUCCGACGGUGGCUGCUACUCUCCCAGCGGUGGUCCAUGGCAGUUGCAGUCUCUCGGACGAGGACGCUGGGGACAACGGCGAAUGCCAUCCCGGUAGCGUUUGGUAGAUCUUCCUCCUUGCCAAGGACCGGGUGGCGGAGAGUGAGGUAUCGGUGACUGCCGGGAUGAGGGAGCAGGGCCUUCCCGCCCCUGUGACGUUGUGCGGUUGGACCCGUUUCGCUUGCUGUCAGAUUGCUGUGCGUAUGCAUUUGAACUUGGUUGUCCUCGUACGAACAGGCAGUGUUUGGCUGCGGGUCGCUGCGCCCCACCGAGAUUGCUCUUGUGUGCUGUGCUGAUUCAGUUUUGCGGUUUCCCGUUGCCAAGUAAUAUCUCCGAUCUUUGUUAAUGUCACGUCCCCGAAGCGUGCUGGCAGUCUUUCUCCCUCUUGGUGUUAUUUUUCGCCUUGCGGCGGACCGGGUGCAUGAGACACCCUCGCUCGUUCCACUCCGAUCGCUAUCAUGUCUCACGCCUGUUGUGGCCUGCAGGACACAGCAUUGUCCCCUGGUGUGGGCGGAGCUUGUGGUGUUCUUAUUCAGGGCAACAGCCCUCGCACAAAGUUCAAGACGAUAGGGAUGGGAACUCACAAUUUUGGAGUGGCGAACGAAAAAUAGGAUCGCUUCCUCAACCUUAACCUUGCAAUUUGUUGGAAAAUGCGCUCAGCCGCUGGGGAAAGCAGUUAUGUUAUGCGCCGCGCGACGUUUUCACGGGGCUUCGCCUGGGGUCAUCAGUGCACACUUGACGUGCCGCUGUAGGUUUGGGUUGGCAGAAAAAGCAUCUGGCAAUGGCAGGAUACCGCUGUCCGUCUUACGCACCAGGCAUGACUGCUUGGGGCUGUGUUGGCCAAUUGUUCAUUGCCCGAGAUGGUGUGUGUAUGUUUCUUUACUGUGUGUGUCGCCUUGAUGGAUGCGUACCUUCGUGCUCUUUCAGGUGGUAACAGUAGUUAAAGCACGCCGUCUAUGUAGUCGGGUUCACUCGAUUCUGCAGCGGAUUCCAUGUUAAUAGUAUGACGAAGGCCGGGUCCCGUGGAGCGGGAUAGUGUUGCAGUCUGCGUUGGUCCCCUGUGCUUUCGACGUCGAUAUGUACAUACACCCUACGGGAUUUUCUUGGAUUUGGUUAGCCGGAACUUUCGAGUGUAUUUGUUCGGUGCCCCCUUCCGUCAUGUUAGUUGUUUGUCGCAAGGAGCUUAGCUCUGUAGUGAAAAGGGAUGCAGCAGCUCCCUCCUUCCCCUCUUGGAUCCCCCGUGAAGUUGAAUUGUGAUAUGUGUGUACGCGGAUGAAGUAUUUGAAUUGUUUCUGUCCGGACUUGUUUGGGUGGAGUGACCUCAAGAAUCACCCACACUUCCAUUUUUUUUUGGCCACCUUGGCGGCGACUUUACCUACCUUAGUAGGGGUAUGACGAUAUUUGUUUGCGACUCUUUGUUAAAUUUUGCCUUGAUUGUGUGUGUGUGUUCGUCCCAUCUAUUCUGGAGCUGGUAUACAGGCCUUUCGGCGUAUGUCCUGACGUUCAGCGGGGGCCACACAAGAGGAAGGUCACACCGGAACUUUUUUCGUUCUGUUCGGUGUUUUUUUUUGCCGCGCAUUUCCCCCUGCGGUGUUUGCCUUGAUUUUAUCGCGAGAAGGGUUGAGCCGUCCUCUUUCUUCGUCAACCGUGAAGCCAAAGUUCGCUUUCAACUGCAGGUUGCUGGAAGUAUACCCCAGGAUAGAGAAACUCCUGAGGACGAAUCAAAUCGAGAACCCACAACCUGCCGCGAGGGAGUCGUGCAGAUUGCCCCCUAGACCACCACUGAUUGAUUGGUCUACGUUGUUUUUCCUGUUGUUCGCAUCGCGCGCCGAUCGGGAGCGAUGGGCUUCCUCUUUUUUUGUCUGGAUGGGGCCUCCCCAGUCUCCUAUGCGUCCUACUUUUCUUUUCUGAUGAUUCUUGCUUCCUCCGGAGUUACUUUCACCUUCCGGUCUGACUAUUGUGAUCUUCUGCAUCCUAGGAUCUACCACUUGUAAGUAUCAUAUUUUUCUGUAGAUUGCCGUGUGCCCACGGCUGCUUCCCAAAUUGAUUUUUUUGUAAGUGCCGUUUAUAUGCUUGCUGGGUACGAUGACGUCACAAGAAAGGCACUACUACUAUUAGGCGUCACACGAAGAAAGGCAUUACUACUACUAUGUUCGUAGCGAGGAGUAGUAAGCAGAAGACUCCAAAAUCCCCUGUCGUGCCGUUUGUGUCGUGUACGAGAUGGCGCGUGACGGCCAGGGUGGAUAGGACGAAGGUGGUACACAAUAUUGUGUUGUUGGUUGGUGUUGGCGUCUUCAUGUAUUACCGUCUCGUUCCCUCUGCCCAGCACGUUCCUCGGUCCGCGGACCUAGAGUUGGGCUAACACUCGAUGAACGGAGUCGAUUCUCCCGUGGUCAGUCUAAAUGACCGAAAAAAGGUGGUAUGUAGGAAAAUUCAGAGUCCGCAAGCCAGUAGAAAAAGAAGCCAAGGACAGAUUCGAGAGUUAAGGCCACUCCGCUCGUAGACGCUAUGGACAUGCCGAAAGAAGAUCAGAAUACUGCCGCAAGUAUUAACACGAACCAACCGAGCUUAGGAGGGGGGGAAACUGUACUGCUGUACAAUAGUCUCAACAGUUGCGAUUUUCCCGUGGUGACCGUUAAGUUUACUACCGACAGUGGGUUCACAAGCCAAUAGCAGAAGUGCAGGACAGAUUCCAAACUGCCUAGGCCACUCCGCCAUGUCUGCACGCUAUUGACAAUACAUGCAUGCCCAAAGAUGACAAUACUCCCGUAAGCAUGAACAUGAACCACCCGAGCUUGCACGGCAUGGCAAAACCGUCAGACAAAACCGGGAAAAAUCACGUACUACUACUAUCACUACUACUACUGCUGUACGAGUACGUGCGUGCAGUGGGAAAAAAACCGAAAAACAUUCCGCUCGACUGUAGGCGCUAUGGACAUUCAUUGCGAAAGAAGAUCCGAAGCGAAAUGACGAUGACACGCAUAUAGGAAAUCAACAACUACUGACGCAGACACCGAUAAGAGACGGGCGGAGCCCGAGC